GGAUGUGUCUCACUGGUCUCGGUCCCGGCUGUCACGGGGGUUCGGGUUCGGUACCGUGUUACCGCGGUACCGCCGCCUUGCCCCGCAACCCCUCCGCUCCCCGGCACAACCCCCAGCCUCCCGGACCCAGCGGCGGGGCGCCUUGGUCCCCAGACACCUUCCGCAGAGGGGUUUUCCAGGCGCGUUCCCAUGGGUUUUCCCUCCGCCUCCCGGUGCGGCGCUGCCUGGAGCCGCUGGGCGCAGCUGAGGGGCUGGCAGAGGAGGCAGCGGGCAUGGCGGAGCGGGAGCUGCGGGCCGGGGCCCGAGGAGCCGCCGGGGGUACCCAGAGGAGUUUGCGGGGUGUCCGCAGCCCAGGAGGUGACGCUGACCGGGCAGCGGUACGGGGUGCGGCGGGCGCCCUUCUCCCCGCUCUCAGACACUGAUGUCGCCUUCUUCGAGCGCCUCAUGCCCGGCCGGGCCGUGACGGACCCCGAGGAACUGAAACCCUUUAACGUGGACUGGCUGAAAUCCCUCCGAGGCUGCAGCAAGCUGAUGUUGAAGCCACAGACAACAGCAGAGGUGUCUCAGGUUCUCAGGUACUGCCAUGAGAGGAACCUGGCAGUGACCCCCCAGGGGGGUAACACAGGCCUGGUUGGGGGCAGCAUCCCUGUCUUUGAUGAGAUCAUCCUCUCCACUGCUCUCAUGAACAGGAUCAUCAGCUUUGACAAGGUCUCUGGAAUCCUGGUGUGCCAAGCUGGUUGUGUCCUGGAGAAGCUCAGUGAGUCCCUGGAGCAGCAGGGCUUUGUCAUGCCCCUGGACCUGGGGGCAAAAGGCAGCUGCCACAUCGGGGGCAACGUGGCCACCAACGCCGGGGGCCUGCGGCUCCUCAGAUACGGCUCUCUGCGGGGGACAGUGCUGGGCAUGGAAGUGGUGCUGGCUGAUGGCUCAGCUCUGGACUGCCUGACAUCUCUGCGCAAGGACAACACCGGCUACGACCUCAAGCAGCUCUUCAUUGGCUCUGAGGGAACCCUGGGAGUUAUCACUGCUGUCUCCAUCCUCUGUCCCCAGAAACCUAGGGCUGUCAAUCUGGCAUUCCUAGGAUGUCAGAGUUUUGAUAAGGUUCUGGAAACAUUUACAACGUGCAGAGCCAUGCUGGGAGAGAUCCUGUCUGCCUAUGAGUUCAUGGAUGAGAAGUGCAUGGAACUGGUUGAGAAGCAUCUCAAGUUGUCCAGCCCAGUGACAGGCAGUCCCUUUUAUGUUUUAAUUGAAACUUCAGGCUCCAAUUCCACCCAUGAUGAAGAAAAAUUGAACAGCUUCCUGGGACAGGCUAUGACUUCUGGCUUGGUCACUGAUGGAACUGUGGCAACAGAUGAUAAGAAAAUAAAGACACUGUGGAGCCUGCGGGAGAGGAUCACAGAAGCCCUCACCCACGAUGGCUGUGUCUACAAAUAUGACAUUUCUCUCCCUGUGGGGAAGCUCUAUGAGCUGGUGACAGACAUGAGGGCUCGGCUGGGCCAGAGUGCCAAGAACGUGGUGGGCUACGGCCACUUGGGAGAUGGAAACCUGCACUUGAACAUCACAGCAGAGUCCUAUAGCCAUUCCCUGCUGGCUGCCAUCGAGCCCUUUGUGUACCAGUGGACUGCAAGACACAAAGGCAGCAUCAGUGCAGAGCACGGACUGGGCUUCAAGAAAAAGCAGUUCCUUGAGUACAGCAAGCCCAGGGAGGCUGUUGUCCUGAUGCAGCGUUUCAAAGCCAUGUUUGACCCCAAAGGGAUCCUCAAUCCCUACAAGGUGCUGCCCUCCAGCUCCUGACAGCAGCACCUGCCAAGGGGCCAGCAGAGCCUGUCACACGUGGGUGGCAUCUCCAGCUGGGUGACUGCACCUCAGCCAUGGACAAGGCCACGUGGGAUGCUCCUUGGUCCAUCUCCUUAGGGUGACCAAACAAGUAAAGGAGUGGUGUUCCUCUCUGCA